CAGCGCCAUUGUGCGGCAUUCAUAAGAAUAUUUCUUGUGACGCAAUAGGAACUCGUCCUUUCCGUCGACCUACCGUGAGUGGAACAUGUCGCAUACGUCUGAACGAAGAAACGAUGAUCAAUGGGCAGGAGACUCCAAAAAUGGUCCUAGUGAAAGUGAACAACAAACGUACAAUGGCCCUCCUGGCAUGGAUCCCGAUGGAAUCAUCGAGUCCAACUGGGAUGUUGUCGUGGACAACUUUGAUGAAAUGAACUUAAAAGAAGAAUUACUACGUGGUAUUUAUGCUUAUGGCUUUGAGAAACCAUCUGCAAUCCAACAACGUGCCAUUCUGCCAUGUAUAAAGGGACACGAUGUCAUCGCGCAGGCACAAUCAGGUACUGGCAAGACUGCUACAUUUUCAAUUUCUAUUCUACAACAAAUUGAUACUAGUAUUAAAGAAUGUCAAGCCUUAAUCUUAGCCCCAACUCGUGAGCUUGCUCAACAGAUUCAAAAAGUUGUUAUUGCUUUGGGAGAUUUUAUGCAUGCAGAAUGUCACGCAUGCAUUGGAGGUACCAAUGUACGCGAAGAUAUGAGAAAAUUGGAUCAAGGUGUUCACAUAGUAGUUGGUACACCUGGUAGAGUUUACGAUAUGAUUAGUCGACGGGCAUUACGAGCAAAUAGCAUCAAACUGUUCGUCCUAGACGAAGCUGAUGAAAUGCUUUCUCGUGGUUUCAAAGAACAGAUUCAUGAUGUGUUCAAAUUAUUACCUCAAGAAGUACAGGUCAUAUUACUGUCUGCUACUAUGCCAUCAGAUGUACUGGACGUGUCUAAAUGUUUUAUGCGAAAUCCAAUUCGCAUUUUGGUUAAAAAGGAAGAACUUACAUUGGAGGGUAUUAAGCAGUUCUUUGUAUUCGUGGAACGCGAAGAAUGGAAGUUUGAAACCCUUUGUGACUUAUACGAUACAUUGAGUAUUACUCAAGCUGUAAUCUUUUGUAAUACGCGGCGUAAAGUAGAUUGGUUAACAGAUAAUAUGCGUAGCCGUGACUUCACAGUCUCUGCUAUGCAUGGAGAUAUGGAACAGAAAGAACGAGACCUCAUUAUGAAGCAAUUUAGAACUGGAUCAUCCCGUGUUCUCAUAACUACCGAUCUUUUAGCGCGUGGUAUCGAUGUUCAACAGGUUUCACUUGUCAUCAAUUAUGAUUUACCAUCCAAUCGUGAAAAUUAUAUUCAUAGAAUCGGUCGAGGUGGUCGUUUCGGUCGUAAGGGAGUGGCUAUUAACUUCGUAACAGAGGAGGAUAAACGAACCUUGAAAGAUAUUGAACAAUUCUACAACACUCAUAUUGACGAAAUGCCAAUGAACGUCGCAGAUUUAAUUUAAAUCCGAUUAUUGGCUACAAUUCAUUAUAAUUAAAAAAAAAAAAUAAUAAAAGUAAGUGAAAUACGGAGCUCUCAGCUGAUUUCUCAUGGUGUGUGAGUAUAUGUAGAGUGAGUUGGUGAACUAUAAUCGCUUAUGUAAACGCGAUCUAUCGAAAUAUUCCAACGUUCUCAUCUCAAUUUCAUUUUAUAAUAGUAGAUUACAAAAAUAGUUAUCCGUUACACUAGAGAGAAAGAACCUAGUACUAUUAUAAUUAUUACGAUUAGCAUUACGAAUAUUACUAUACUACUAUUCCUACUGCUAUUGCUCUUAUCACUAUAACUGGUAUAUACUCUUACACUUUUCUCUUCUCGUUCAAUAUUUAUUAUUGCUGUUUCUCCUGCUACUGCUCCUCUCGUAUAACUAUAACUAAUAUUUCUUGUCACUAAAAAGUAUCAAGAAUCAGUAGUGUGUUUAAUAUUGCAUCGAUAAUACAAUCAUUGUGACUGCUACCAGUAUAAAGCGAUCAAGGAAAAGAAAAAGGAAAUAGUUAAGAAGUGAGGCAUUCAAACAAAUCGGUUCUUUUUUAUCUCUUUGUUGCCCUCCCCCCACCCCCCCACCCUCAGAGGAGAUUUGAUAUAUUGCCUAGAUGCAACCACAGUUUUAUCCGAGUCGAAAUUUGAUUAUGAGCUUCAAACCUUUUAUCUUGAAUCAUCUUAUUUCAUCGUCUUUUCUACACGACUUUUCCAAUUGGAUUCAUUCCAUGUUCCGUGGCCCCUGUUCGAUGCUUCUACCACCGCGAUUACAGCGUGUUUGUCUAGGCAGAGGUUUAGUUGGGUAUUGGAAGGGAUAUUUUAAUCAUAAGCGUUGCCGAAGGAGAUGUACAUUCAGGCUUAGAUGAUACGAAUUUUUGUAUGUCCCAAAUCCCAAGUACAUACCUUCAUUAAGAAAUAAAGUGUUUGACCUUUUAAUUGUGGUUUUUGUUAUUACAUACAUAUUAUUAUGCCGAAAUGUUAGAAACAAUUUAAUAUCCAAAACGAAAACCUUUCAAGGAAUCUAUGAUAAAAGUGUGUAAACUAAUAAUAACCAUAAAUUAUCAUCCACCAGAUCAUGUCGGGAACUAGUUUUAUCAACUCUGUACAUUAUUGAAAAAGUUCUCACAGUUUUUUAUUUGUAUUUGCAGGCAAUUUUGAGCGGUCCAGAAAUGAGGGAGAUAUUUUUGGAAAUAAAGACCAAAUUUCGUGAUUGAAUAUA